AUGAUCAGGGCUAUUACAGCCCUAGCCCUUGUGGCUCUUGUCCGGGGAGCUCCGACUCCAGUCUCUGAAGACGGCAACACCUUGGAGGAAAGACAGUGGACGAUAGGAGAUCCGUGGUCAGGCUUCUGGCCACCCCCGCCUUCUCCCACCGCUGGUGGAAUGAACCCCCCGAAGGAGAAGAGACAGGGCAAUGUUAUUAUCAUUGGCCCUCCUCUUACGGGUGGAAUGAAACCUCCGAAGGGGAGGAGACAAGAUAACUCGAUCUCUGUUGGCCCUCCGGUUGUUGUCGGUGGUCUGAAUCCGCCAAGGGAGAGGAGACAGGACGGCAUCACCAUCGGUGGAGGUGAUAGUACGCUGAAGGCCAAGAUUACUGCCCUCGAAUUGCAGUACGAGGCAUUGAUCCACGCGUUCGGCGCGCAUCCGCCAGAACCGGUGGAGAAGCAGCUCAAGGCUAUCGAGGCGGAACUCCUCAAGUACGGCAUCAAGAUCAUCCGGUCCCCAGAUGGCACCACCACGACCUUCACCCCUGGUAAAGUAAAGAGGGAGGAGGCCUCGCCACUGGGUGCUGGGAACUACGGGGAGGCUGGCUUCGACUUGGCCGGUCUGGAGAAAACCCUGGAGUCGCUGAUGCAACAAUACGGCUCCAACCCUCCCCACGACGUCUUCAUUGUGGAAGAAAAGAUCAAGCACAUUUUACUCGCGUACGGAAUUAUCAUUAUCAAAGCCCCGGACGGCACCACCACCACCAUCUACCCCUCAACCAAGCGCGCGGCCGCCACCUAUGACAUCGAAGCCUUGGCCAGCAUCCUGGAAAUCCAAGUACAAGCCUACGACGGUGCCAUUCCGCCCAUGGCGGACUGGCUCGUCCUCCAAGACAUCGCCGCCGUGCUCGAAUCCUAUGACUUCCUCAUCCUCCCCGGCACUACCACCGUCGUCGGCCCCAGAACGAAGCAGCGCAGAGGUACCAUCCAGCUCGGCGACAGCGUCAACACGGUCGCCCUGCAGGCCCUCCUCGCCAUGCUCGAGGCUACCUACGGCCUCGCUCCACCCCGUGAUAUCUUCCUCAUUGAGCAAAGCAUCGCCACUAUCCUGUACGCGCAGGGCAUUUCUGUCCCCGGCUGGAUUUCGCCUGAUCCCACCGUCCCAGGCGGAGUUCUGAUUCCGGGGCCGUAUAUCCCUGGCGGCGGAAUCACACCCGACCCGACCAUCCCCGGCGGUAAGAUCACGCCCGACCCCUAUUACCCCGGCGGCGCUAUAAUCCCUGACCCGACUGUGCCAGGGGGCGCCAUUCAUCCCAGUGACAGGAAGCGUGACGAGAGCGACGCUGGGCUGCUGGACGCGCUUACCGAGCUCGAGGCGCAGUAUGGGACUUAUGGGUCGGGCAAGAUCCCGGAGCCCGUGUUUAUCGUUAUGCAGAACAUUGCGACGAUCUUGCAGGCGGACGGGGUUGUGGUGCCGGAGUGGCCUAAUCUUGGGGGGUCGACUACUAUUGAACCCUCAGACUGA